GGCGUGUUAUAUGUACCCCCUCUAACAAACCCUAAUUCACUCGGAGGCCAGGGUUUGAAGCUUCGUAGUUGCAGCUCCCUUUCUUCUUCAUCCAAUCCAGCCGGCCAGCCAUGUCGAAGAGAAGGAACAGAGAGCCCAAGGAGGACAAUGUCACUCUUGGACCUGCGAUAAGGGACGGGGAGAAGGUGUUUGGUGUGGCGCACAUUUUCGCCUCCUUCAAUGAUACCUUCAUUCACGUUACGGAUUUGUCUGGAAGAGAAACCCUUGUCCGUAUCACUGGUGGUAUGAAGGUUAAAGCCGACAGAGAUGAAUCUUCUCCUUAUGCUGCUAUGCUUGCAGCACAAGAUGUUGCCCAGCGAUGCAAGGAACUUGGAAUAACUGCACUGCAUAUCAAGCUCCGAGCUACAGGUGGGAACAAGACAAAGACACCUGGACCUGGUGCACAGGCUGCCUUGAGAGCACUUGCUCGUUCUGGAAUGAAAAUCGGACGCAUAGAGGAUGUUACUCCGAUUCCCACCGACAGCACCCGCCGAAAGAGUGGAAGAAGAGGAAGGAGGCUGUGAUUCCUAUAUUUUCCUUGUGGUUGGGAUUUUACAGAUGCCUUUGUGUUCUACUUUGAUUAUCUAGACAAAAGUUGAGAAUUUCAUUGCAUGUUUUCUUAUUUUUGGAUCUGUGAAAAUGGCGUAACUUCUUUGGUUUGGCCUAAUUAUGAAGACCUAAAACUAUCUCCUUUUUGUCAUAGUAUUCCAAAGUGAUUCUUGUUGUUGCACCAUUGCUCUAUAUCUUAU